CGCAUGCGCAGUAGCGAGGUGGGCGCCGCCAUGCUGAAGCACCGGCGUACGGCGCUGGAGCGCGUCGAGAAGUUCGUGUCCGCCACCUACUUCACCGACUGCAACCUGCGGGGCAGGCUCUAUGGGGACAGCUGCGCGCCCACCUCGCUGUCCUGCUUCCAGACCCCACUGCGGAUCCCCUACAGCGAGGCCGUCGUGCAGGAAUUCAGGCCGGCCAGAGUGGGGGACACCUUUGGGCCCACGUGGGAGACCUGCUGGUUUAGGGUGGAGCUGAGCAUCCCCCCAGCAUGGGCAGGACAGGAGGUGCACUUUGUCUGGGAGAGUGAUGGUGAAGGCAUGGUGUGGCGAGAUGCCCAGCCAGUCCAGGGUUUGACUAAGGAAGGCGAGAAGACCAGCUACAUACUGACAAGCAGCCUGAAGGAGACAGAGCCCCACAGUCUGACGCUGUAUGUGGAGCUGGCCUGCAAUGGGCUCUUUGGGGCUGGCAAGGGCUCCAUGAUAGCCCCCCCGGACCCUGACAGGAAGUUCACCUUGAGCAAGGCUGAGUUGGUUAUCUUCAACAGGGAUGUCUAUGAGCUGCUGGUGGAUCUGGAAAUACUUCUGGACAUGGCCCAGCUCCUCGGGGAGGAAAACCAGAGGAGCUUCCAGGCCCUGUAUGCUGCCAACCAGAUUGUCAACGUGUGUGAUGUUAAGGACCCAUCCACCUUCCCUGCUGCCCGUGAGCUGGCUGCAGCGAUCUUCAGCCAGAGGAACGGCGAGAGCCAGCACACCAUCCACGCCAUGGGGCACUGCCACAUUGACUCUGCCUGGCUGUGGCCAUAUGAGGAGACUAUCCGGAAAUGUGCUCGCAGCUGGGUCACGGUUAUCCGUCUGAUGGAGCACAACCCAGAGCUCACCUUUGCCUGCUCCCAGGCACAGCAAUUCGAAUGGGUGCGGAGCUGGUACCCUGGACUCUAUGCCCAGAUUCAGGACUACGUGGCAAAGGGGCAGUUCAUUCCUGUUGGAGGCACCUGGGUGGAAAUGGAUGGAAACCUGCCCAGUGGGGAGUCCAUGGUGAGGCAGUUCCUUCAGGGCCAGCGGUUCUUCCAGCAGCAGUUUGGCCAGAUCUGCUCAGAGUUCUGGCUGCCAGACACGUUUGGAUACUCAGCCCAGCUGCCCCAGUUGAUGUGUGGCUGUGGGAUCAAACGGUUCCUCACACAGAAGCUCAGCUGGAACCUGGUCAACACCUUCCCACAUCACACCUUUUUUUGGGAAGGCAUUGAUGGAUCCCGAGUCCUGACUCAUUUCCCCCCUGGUGACUCCUAUGGGAUGCAUGGGCGAGUGGAGGAGAUGCUGAAAACAGUGAAGAACAACAGGGACAAAGGACGUGUGAACCACAGUGCUGUCCUUUUUGGCUUUGGAGAUGGAGGAGGUGGCCCCACGCAAAACAUGCUGGACAGGAUGAAGAGGAUGAGUGAUACAGAUGGGCUGCCAAGGAUUCAGUUCUCCACUCCUGACCAUUUUUUUUCUGUCCUGGAGAAGGAGUCGUCACAGCUGUGCACCUGGGUGGGAGAACUCUUCCUCGAACUGCACAAUGGCACAUACACCACCCAGGCCCAGAUUAAGAAGGGGAAUCGGGAGUGUGAGCGAAUACUCCAUGAUGUGGAAGUGCUUAGCACCUUGGCUGUGGCACAGAGUGGCACGUUUCAGUAUCCUGCUAGCCAGCUGCAGCAGCUCUGGAGGUUAUUGCUGCUCAACCAGUUUCAUGACGUAUUACCAGGCAGCUGUAUCCAGCUCGUGGUCAGGGAUGCCCUGAAGUACUAUGCAGAGAUCCGCAGGGCUGGCACUCGCCUGCAGGAGGAGGCCGUGCAGUCCUUAUGUGGAGAACUGCUGCAGCUCAAGUCUGGGGGUGCUGAGAGCACUCUUGUACUCAACACUUUGCCCUGGGAGCGGACAGAGGUGAUCUCCAGGACUGAGCCAGAUGGAACAGAGGCUUUAGCUCUGGUGACAGCUCCCAGCAUGGGCUAUGCUGUAGUGAGGGAAUCACUGCUGCCCCCUCAGCCUGUGACAGUGAUCAAGCAGGAGGAUGGCUCCAUUACCAUGAAGAAUGGGCUGAUUGCAGUCUGCUUGGAUGCCAUGGGGCGCCUGACCUCUCUUCGACUGGUGAACUCUGAGAGAGAAUCAGUUGCCGAUGGCUGCCGUGCCAACCAGUUUGCACUCUUUGAUGAUGUUCCCCUGUACUGGGAUGCCUGGGACGUGAUGGAUUAUCACUUGGAGACCAGGAAGCCAGUGACAACGCUGCUGAAGCCUCUGGAAAUCACCCUGGCAGGGGGCCUGCGGGGAAGCACCAGCUUCUCUCUGCGGGUCGGGGAAAGCAGCACCCUAACCCAGGAGAUCAUCCUGGAUGCCAUGUGCCCAUACAUCUGCUUCAAGACCCAGGUUGACUGGAAGGAAUCUCACAAGUUUCUGAAGGUGGAGUUCCCCGUGCAAGUCCGUAGCACAAAUGCAACCUACGAAAUCCAAUUUGGGCACCUGCAGAGGCCAACACACUGGAACACAUCAUGGGACUGGGCCCGAUUUGAGGUGUGGGCUCACAAGUGGAUGGAUCUCUCUGAGCACGGCUUCGGGGUUGCAGUGCUGAAUGAUUGUAAAUACGGGGCAUCAGCACACAGGAACAUCCUCAGCCUCUCAUUGCUAAGAGCACCAAAGUCCCCUGAUGCCUCUGCAGAUAUUGCCCACCACCAGUUCACCUACGCUGUGAUGCCUCACCAGGGCUCCUUCCAGGAUGCUGGUGUGAUCCAGUGUGCCUACAACUUGAAUUUUCCCCUCCAUGCAGUCCCAGCCAGCUCUGCGCCAUCUCCAGCCUGGAGUGCCUUUUCCCUGAGCUCACCUGCAGUUGUUUUGGAGACUGUCAAGCAGGCUGAGGACAGACCUGAAGCUGUGGUGGUCCGGCUAUACGAGGCACAUGGCAGCACAGUUGUCACUUGGCUCCAGACCUCCCUCCCCGUUAAAGAGGCAGUGCUAUGUGACCUCCUGGAGCGGCCAACAGCCAAGGGCCACCUGCCACUGGAGCAGCAGGGUAUGAAGCUUUCCUUCACACCAUUCCAAGUGCUCUCCAUCCUCUUGGUUUUGAGGCAGUGAUGCUGGUGCUACAAUAAAGUGGACCAACACUGGGAGCUCAAAUCACAGCCCAAGGCUCCCCCAUGGCACAUCCAGGUAA